AUGGAUGUGCUGGAGGAGUCGCUGCAGAUAUCGAAGCAGCAGUCAGUGACGCCUUCUGCUUCGGAGAGCAGACGAACUACAGCAGCAGCUCGACGGACGGCGACGAAGCAGCAGCAGAGGCAGACGCCGCCCUCUUUGACCCCGACAGUCUGCUCAACAGCUUUCCUCUCGGCGCCGUCUCUGGCAGCGUCCAGCAGCUCUUCGCCAGCAUCGAUGAAUCGACGCUGGAAUUCACUGCUGGAGGCGGCGGCAGCCACAGCCUUCUUCUUCUCGUCAUCAUCGUCAUCUUCCUCCUCCUCAUCAUCAUUCGAGUCAUCACUCAUCACCUCCUCCUUGAUUUUCA